AUGGCGGAAGAUGGAGACAGAAGUUUCGAAGAGUUAAAUAGAACACCUUUAUCGCCAAUUGUAGGAACUCCAUGCGAUGAAUUAGACGCUGCAGAUCUUUUUGAAGGAUAUGUUAAUCCUGAUUUGCGUGUAUCUUUCGAUGAAGAUAAUGAAAUUGUUUAUCUUUCUCCGGGAAACGAAUUCGAUUCUGAAAGCUCUGAGCAAGAAUUUGAGGACAUUUACACACAAGAACUCGGCGUAACUCCGCCACGAAAUGCACGACGGAAUAAAGAAAAAAGUAAAACUAGUAGAAAAGUUCAGGGUUUGUCUGUGAAGAUGCCAGAGGUAAGAGCAGAGGUGGAAAAACAGAAAAAGCGUGAUCGGGAUCGUGGACGGGAAACCAGUCAGUCCCAGCUUCGCACAGAAAGAGCUUACAUGCGACAAUACAAACGAAAUAGUCUCGGAAACGCGUUUUCACAGGAUGUGGACUUGUCUAAAUCACUGAAUCUACCCACUGUUAAAAUAGAAUCCCGGAGAUUUAUGUCUUUAAAAUGCACAAGACCAGAUAAAGGACGCUUAAAGCGAUCAGAGUCUGAUCCCAAGCACCUCGUACAAACAACAGGUGAACUUUCUAAUCACAGACAGGAGUUUUUGCGCACAUUCUCUUUGCUUAUUAAAAUAGGAGCGCAUGCUCGUCAACAUAAGGACAAUCAAUUUGCUCUGUCAGAAUUAGAAAGGCAGACCUCAGAGGAACAUAAGAAGUGGCAGGUUAAGCUAUGUCUUGCAUUAUGGCUGGAACUACGUGCAUGGCAUAAUGGACGAACCAUGGAGGAACAAGAUAGGUUUCUAGUGGAGGAACGUGCUCACAUUGAUGAGGUGCUCGAUAGAAUUAUUAAUUUUAAUUUGAAUAAAGUGAUCUCCAGUGGAGACGAUAACAUUUCUCCUUCUGUGAAGGAAUCAAGUAACAGUUGUUGUACAGCUAAAUCACAUGAUGGCAUUGUACCAGAUAGCACUCAGGUAUGUAAUUCACAGGAACGAAACACAGCCAAUAAUUCAGAUGGAAAACAGAGAAAAGAGCCAAGCGCAUCAGAUCCACAAACACCAUCAAGACAAAGCUCUGAUGCUAAAACUAAAAGAAAAAAGUUGAAAUUAAUUCUAAAAAAGCAUCCAGUUGAAGAUGAUAAAGAGAACAAAGCCCAAAAUGUUCCUGGAACUUCAUCUCAAAUAAUUAAUGUACAAAAUUUACAAACUGAGAACUUGGAGUCACUGACGCCAGAAAAUGAAAGUACACCAAUAAAAACCAGGGCACAGAAUACCAACCCAAGAAACCUUGUACAUGAGCUUGAGAGCACAGUUCAUUGUAUUGAAGCGUUGUUGGAGGAUGUAGAGGCAGUGGAGCACCUGUACUCGACCCAGAGAGCACUAGGAGAAGCCAACCCCAAAUAUUUCAGUGACAGUUUUAAUAGGAAUCAUGAUGGACUUGUUCUUUGGAUGAAUUUGAUAAAGGAAAUGCUUCAUAAACUUACUCUGGUUGCAAGGUAUAUUGGGAUAGAACAAGGAUUCUCAAAGGAUAUUUGGCAGGACUGGUAUGAUGCCGGCAUGGGCAUGCUCGGCUAUGCAUAUCCUGAAGGCGAUUCCCUUACUGGAAGUACUUCAGAAGAUGAUAAUUGUAGCUCUGGAUCUAAUGAUGAACAAGAGGUUGGUAACCAGUCCCCCAAACCACCACAAGACCAUUUCAGUCCUAAACAACCAAUGAGAUCAACAAGCCAGCUGUCUCAAUUCUCAUGGUCGUCGACAUCACGCUACAGACCAUUUGUUGACAGAAACAUCAAAAAGUUUGGAUUGAUUAAACUGGGAAAGAGAAUUGGAGAUAUUUUAGAUGUGACCUUGUUGAAGGUACGUCGUGUUUUGGUGCCAGAGGGUCCAGAGCUGAGACAUGACCAUCUUGUGGAAACGUUACAAGACUGGAAUGAAUCUAUUUCAUAUUUAGAGGACAUCCUCUAUCUUGAUGUUGCUGCAGAACACAGACCCCGUACACAAUCAAGUCCUUUGUUGAGAGAUCUUGAACAAACUUCUACAGUGAUUAACUGGCAACAUGUAUUUAAACAACUUGGUCUGCCAUCGUUUAGGGUACUGUAUUUAUUUCUAAUAAGAAUACCACUUGACGUCAGUCAUGAGUGUAUUAGACUGAGACUGGAACACAGACCAAAAGGAGAGCCAUCUUCACUUAGUAUUAAUCAGCUUCUCAGAGAAUGUAAAGAAGUGAUUGUUGCUGGGGUAUUGGUUAAGGAUUAUUAUUUGUUCAUGGUGGAAGGAAUUAUCUUACCUGAUGACUCUGACCAUGAGAAGCUAGAAAAUGAUAUUGAAGAGUUUGAACAAGACCUACAAAACACACUCAAGGUUUAUUUUGAGUAUCUUCAUAACAUGAUUCACAUGUUGCAAAGGCUGCCCCAGGCCUCUAAAGGACUCAAGAACAGACUGGAGGAGGAAUGGGUCUUUGUCAAGCACAAAUAUCAGCACAUCAGAGGUGGUGCUGUUGCUGGUGGAACUAGGUUUUGUGUCAUGGCUGCAGGUCUCUUGGAAUCUACUGGUGAUUUCCUUGAGUCAGGCCUUGACCAGUGUUGCUCUGAUCUCCAUGACAACACAGACCACAGCGAGGAUGUCAGAAGGAAAAUUGUGGAGGCUUGUCGUAGCAUCAAACUUCUGUUUAAAGAAGGCAGAGAAAGAGCCUCAAAGGCCUUAGGUUUCACCAAGAAGCUCAAGAUUGACCUGGCAAAUGCUGCAAAGUUCAAAAUUGAUGUUGCCUUACCUGAGUUCCUCUCAAUGUUGGAGAAAACAGAACAUGUUCAAGUUGUAGUCACUCAUACCACUGGACUCUUGAUGUUUGUACCCAAACAGUUGCUGAACAAGAAAAGCCAAAUUGUGGAUCUAUUGAAUGCCUGCUGUGGAUUAAAGAAAGGCAAGAAAGAUUUGGUUGAUGGAUAUUUAAUUGUUAUGCCAUCGGCAAAGGUUGAGACACCCAUGUGGACAGGCAAGAAGAUUGACAUCACAUUGACAGUGGACACUCGGAUUAGUUUGGCUGAUGUACAGGUUGAUGGUCUUAUCCUGGUUGUGUACAAGUCUCUCCAACUUGAAGAACAACGCAGUGUGUUCUUACAGUCUUUUAACAUCAUAGUUACGGUUGUCAAGGAAAAAACAUCUAGUCACCAGGCCAUCUCUGACUCUCUAGACCAUCUACAAGAUGCUGUAUUGUCGCUAGGCAACAAGAUCAUCUCUGCCAUUGAAAGAGCCAAUGAGAAUCUUGAUGUGGAGAUGUUUGAGACAGACGAGAGUGAGAAGGCAAAAGUUUCUCAGAACACAGUAGAGACCAUGUAUAGCUGCUUUAAUUUUGGUUUUGAGUAUUUGAAAGAAGUAGCCAGGCUAGUAUCAGGCACAGCACGUAAAACUUUAGCCAAAGAUAUGCUGUCAUUUGCCAGGAAAUGGAUCUCAUUUGUCAUGGAGAAGUGUGAAAGAGGUCGAGGAACAAGACCAAGGUGGGCAACUCAAGGCUUGGAUUUCCUGACAAUAGCCAUUGAYGGCAAGAUUAUCAGUGAGAUGGCUGAGACUGAUUUCCAGUUGUUGAAGAAGCAAAUCAAUGAUUGUAUAUCACAUGUUGUCGGUAGUGCAAAUGGAGGACCCUCUAGCUCAGCUUAUCGACCACACAGCCCAGCGGUAAUGAACUCAUCUCCUGUCCUUGGUAAAAGCAGUUGCGUUACUAGUGGUGGUCUGCUUCGUCCUCUUUCAUGGCCAGCAAAUAAAGGCAAGCCAGAUGAUAGUGAACACAUUGUUCCUCAUCGCACACUCUCUGACCCUUACAGACAGACCCAGUUUUACAGUCUUGCUGAGGAUGUUCAAGGAGAAGAAGCUGUAAGUCCAGAUGGAGUGGUUGAACAACCUAAACCAAUCCCACAGCACAAGGACAGUCUGGACUACUCCACCGCACCCAAAAUGGAACGGGUACGCCAUGCCCUUAAAAAGCUUGAGCAUCAGCGUAAUGAGUAUUUGGUUGARAGGCAUGUGAUUGGAAAAGUCAGCAGUAGAAAGAGAGAUAUCACAAGUGAAUUGGCGAACAUAUCAAACAGACGAGUUCCUUUCAAAUGGCAGAGAGGGAUGAAGAUAGGGGAGGGUCAGUUUGGCAAGGUGUUUGCUUGUGUUAACUUAGACACUGGAGAGAUGAUGGCCAUGAAACAGAUAAAGUUUCACCCCAAUGAUCAUGGUGAAAUCAAAGAACUUGCUGAUGAAAUCAAAAACUUUGAAGGCAUGCAGCAUGAAAGUCUUGUCAAAUAUUAUGGGGUGGAGUUGCACAGGGAUGAAAUGCUGAUAUUCAUGGAGUUUUGUGCAGAUGGCACUAUCUCUGAUGUUGCUAAGUUAGGUCUWCCUGAGAGUAUGAUGAGAACGUACACCAUGCARAUACUAGUGGCUGUUAACGUGCUUCAUGAAAGAGGAAUCAUCCACAGGGAUGUAAAAGGAGCCAACAUCUUCUUGUCAUCAAAUGGUUCUUACAUGGCUCCCGAGGUCAUUACUAUGGAUAAGGGUGCAGGAUAUGGCAGAGCAGCAGAUAUAUGGAGCAUUGGGUGUGUUGUUGUUGAAAUGGCUGCUGGGAAGCCUCCGUGGCAUGACUGUGAUAACAAUUGGCAAAUCAUGUUCAGAGUGGGUGAUGGUGCUACYCCAGCUAUCCCAGAAACCCUUAGUGAGGAGGGACAGGAUUUCCUGCAGCAGUGUUUUUUGCAUGACCCACAUGAUCGGCCCACUGCCAGUGAACUYAUGGACCACGCGUUCAUCAAGUGUUGCUAGCUGUCGAUAUCCAACCAAUCACGAGAUGUGCAAUGAGGCUCAUAAAAGGCUUGGUACAAAAUUGUGCAUUACCCUAGAUGCAUGUCCUACAAAAGGAGACAAUUGAGAACAAGCUGAGCGGACCUUCACAAUAAUGUCCCUGGUUCGUUUUCCCAACGAAUCCUCAACAUUAUGAUGUGUAUUUUAGAUCAGGCAUGUUUAUGAAAUGUAUUUUAAUGAUGUUUUUACAACAAAAUUAUUUUUUAACUCAGAGGUCUAGUGGAAUUUCUUCAGCAAAUUAUUAAAAGUCAUGCUGUAAGGUCUGGAAAGGUCAAGAAAGCCUCUAGUUGAUUUUAUCGUUAUUUUAACUCUGCUUGUUUAUAAAGAUAUCUAAGAAGCUUUCAGGUAUUAGGUAGGUUAAAGUAUAGGACUACAAUAGUCCUUAUAACAACAAGCCUUGSUGGUGACAUCACACUGGGCGAGCCAUUAGAAUUUUGAGGAGAGAUUUGGAAGAUUUUGAAAACAAAUAAUGCUAGGGCAAAAUCUUCCAACCAAAAUUGUAAUGGAUCGCCUCUAAUAGCUCAAAUAAUCCAACUUUGCAUGUGUGAAAAUCAUAACUAUGCAAGUAUGCAAGUAUUUAUGAUGCUAGCGACUUAACAAAAUAGCAAAUUAAUUUUGCUAGCUGUUAAGUGAGAGAAACCUUACAGCAAGGAAAGUAGAGUGAAGACAAACAAAAAACAAAAAAAAACAAACCAUCCUACGCUUUAA